UUUACGAUUGUCCUUUACGAUAUAGGUUACAAAUUCUCAUCUUUCCAUAGGGUGAACAAUUGAAAUCAAUUGUUGUUGAAAACAAAUCCACUUAUGCGGUCACCUUGUUCAUCCUCGCAAGCUGGACUAAAAGUCAUAUUUUUUCGCUGAGUAUAAUUAUAGAACGAGGUGAUAGCUUCUUAUUUCAAAAGGGAAAGGCAUUUCGCUUUGAGCUCGGGGCUCGCCUUGAUGGAAGAAAAUUGGAGACUUUUUUCCCGAUGAAAGAGUGGGAGAAAGAUAUAAUCCUUCGAGUCAGUGGUUGUGAUGAAUUGAAAGUAGAAGAAGAAGAGUUGCCAUUUAUGGAAAAACAAAUUUGCAUUCGGCGUCAAAACAUGAAAGAGGACGUUUCAGCGUCAGGAAACAAGAAUCUGUACGAAAUCCUUGCUCUAAAUAUGAAAGAAGUUCGUAAAAAGCCAUUUGAAGAACAGCAGCAUAUCAUAAAGAAAGCUUAUCAUUCUCAAUUGCGGCGUUGGCAUCCUGACAAGAAUCCUGAGAAUGGUGACCAUGCUAUUUGUCGAGAAAUCAUCUUCGCGUACGAGAUUCUCAAAGAUCCCGAAGCCCGAGCCGCGUACAAUAACGUCGCAGAUUAUGACAGGGGAUGGUUAUCAAAGGCGCGAUGGAGAGCUGUUUUCAAUCCCGAAUGUUACAGCGCUGCGCAAAAGUCACAAUAUCGAAAGAGAAUGGGAUUGUUGUUUUUAUCGGUCAUUCUUACAGCAGGUGGCGUCGGGUUAACAUUCCUAACUGCAGGAAGUGCCGCACCAGUUAUACUUGGAAUAAUGGCUGCAUCAGGGGUUCUUAUGGGAGGAGGGAUUUCAAGUGGAUUAAGGACGAUAAAUCGUGAAUCAGUAAAAAACGGCUGCCCCCUAAAAAAAUACAUUUUAAGUUUAGUGGUUGGUGCUGUUGGUGGAGCAGCCUUGACAACGGGAGUAGCUGGAGUGGCGGCGUUUAUGGGUGGAGCUGCGAAGAUUGUAUUUAAGGUUGCUCAAUCUUCUCUGGAAGAAAAAAUUUCUCUGAAGAUGAUCACCUCAACUUUUCGCUGCUUCAUUAAAACCAUAACUAGUAAACUAGACGCAAUUUUUGCAGGUGGACCAAAAAUGACCUGGAAACAAUUUAUUUUACACGUCUUAACGGAUGCCCUGCUCGGAGGGGUUGCUGGUGCACCAGGAGGGCUGACAGAAAACAUGAUAAAAGACGUGGUUUCUGCCGAAGAAGCACUGGCAGCGUGGGAAACUGUUUCGUCUGACGUUGGUAACGGCGUUGAGGAACUCGCGUUAGUAGCAACGGAAACGUUUGCUGACCAUGUGGAGAAACAUUUCGAUGAAAACGAUGAAAGUACAGAUAUUGCGAUUCUAAUACAAAAUGCGGGAAAGGAGGCUGCGAAAGAAGUCGCUAGAAGAGUCGAAAAGAAAUCCAAUGGCUCAGGAGAGACAACGAAGAUGAAUGGGGAAUCUAACAAGAAGUCAUUUGAAGAAGAUGAAACGAACUCGAGUGGUGAAAACAACGACAGGAAUGCAGCCACUGGAGGUAUUGGUGUGAGCGAAUUGGAUAAUCGGAAGUGUAGUGAAGGAAAUGGCAGCUCAAAUGGAUCAGAAAAAACAAACCAUGUAACUCAAUCAUUACCGAACGGCAAACACAAACUACAGUAUAUUUCUGAUGGCGUUUGGUUUUCAAAGAUGAUUGUUGAUUAUGAAGAGAACGGCGAAAAGAUAUCUAAGGUUGCUGAAGGUAGUGGAAGUUUGAUUUGGAUACCGAGCAAUACUACCAACAUCAAAGUUAGAUUUCAGGUCAUGCGCGGGCCUGGUGUUUGGUGUGACGUAAAAAAGUAUGAUUUUUUUAACGACCGUUGGGUGAAACCAGCCCAGCCUCAUAUCUUCAAGUACAAGAAACCAGUGAGUUGCACGUACACUUUGGCUGGAAGCUUGUAUUAUGAAGCUGUAAUCAAUAUCACAGUAGAUGGUGGCGAAAAUUACCUGCCAAGCUACGAAGAAUUGAUAACCAAAACGAAUGAUAAACCCACAGAAGAGGUGACACCAACAAACUAACGUAUGUUUGCUACUAACAUGUGCUUUUCUGGUAUUUAGUGUGACGUAAGAGAGUAUAGUAUGACCGUGGGAUUCUAACAAAAAACCGAACCAGCUUCAUAUAGGACACAAGUUAGCGGAAUUAAGUUCAUUUUGGGUACCAAACUUUUCCAGUAAUAUAUAGUAAUGCAAAUUAUAUGCUAGUGUAAUGCAAGGUAGCCUAGAUUCGUUAAAUCAUGCAUUGAAUGAUGAUAUUAUGUCAUGUUGCUGCAUCGUUUAAAAUGAAUGGGAAUGCAUACAUAGGUAAUUUACAAAAACAAAAUUACAAUUUAAUGUAUUUGUCUAUAUAAGAUUAUUCCGAGGUGAUUCACCGAAGAUAGAUUUUAACAGAAC